AUGGAGUUAGAAAAAGAGAGAAGAAUAAUGUCAACAACAAAGUCAGAUUUUGCACAGAAGCUGUUAAACGAUCUAAGAUUGCGAAAAGAGCGAUUGUCCUCGGCUUCAUCACAACUUACAGUUACUACUUCAGAUGCAUAUGGAAAUCCAAAACAAGCUAACCAGGGAAGCAGACAAAUCAAAACACUAGAAUCAGUGGGGGAUCUCAAUUUCAAACCAACAAAACAACAUAAAAGAUCUAAUAUGAUUAUUGUACCGUUUAAAGGAGGCCAACAAAAUCAAAACACCCCCAAGAUCGGAGAUUUCUCAAUGGUUCUUAAGUUUGCACUCGAGAAUGGGAUUAAACUCAUAGGCUCAAAUGGUACUAACAACAAUCAAUCACAUUGUCGUUCAGUUAGCCAUAUAAACGAUAUAUCGAAAGGAGCACAUAAAUUGAAUGAAAUCCUCAGAGCAUACUCCAAUGGGGUUAACAUAGAUCGACAUUCAGUUGAAAUUGGGAAUCAACUUCUGAAAGGGGCCAUAGACUUGGAAGAGUCUCUAAGAAUGUUAGUGAAUUUGCAGGAGGCUUCUGAAUAUAUGAGUACCCCGAAAAGAAAGAACCAGAUUAGAUUGCUCGAUGAAGAAGAAGAUGAUGAUGAAGUAGAUAAUAAUGAAUUAGCUAAUAAGCAGAAGCAACUUGUUCUUCCUAGAUUCUCGUUUGAUAAGCCGAGAAAAAAUAAUGAUCGGGAGAAGGGAAGAAUUUCUAGUGUCAUUGCAAAACUGAUGGGACUAGACGACAUGUCUAACAAUGUAAGAACAAAUAAUACAAGGAAAGAAUCCAGUUCUGAACAGAAAGUAACAGCUGCUGGCUCGAAGAAUUCUGAUUCUGGAAACAGAAAUAAUCACACUAUUACACAUCUAGCAGUUGGGAAAUCUGUGAUACAGAAUAGUCGAGUAAAUUCAAAUACUCAAAACAGUUUUCAAGAGAAGAAGAAACUCGAGAGAGAAACAGUUGUCAAGUCUGAAGAGAGAAAAACGCCAAAAGAAAGAACUGGUAGUAGUGUUAGGAACAAGAGCACACUCCACUCAAAACAAGGAGAUUUGAAAAAAGUGCGUGAAACAGAAUUGAGAAAUUCCUCAAGAUCCAAGGAUAGAAUUGUUGAUCCAGAGAAGCAUCAUCAUCAUCAUCUUCCCUUGGAUAAAGAACCAAUGGAUGAACAACCACAAAAAUUGCAGACAAAUAGCAGAAAAUCUGAAGAGGUCGUCAUAACGAGACCAAAUGUGCAAAAAGGAAAAAUCAGCAGCAGAUCAAUUAAAGAGAAAUCUAUCGAUGUGAAAUCUCUCAAUGUCGUCCCAAUUGAAAGGAAAAAUGGAAUUCUUCCCCACUUCGCCACACCAUUGAGGCAUCAGGUUCCUAUUUCAAACGAUGUAAAAGAGAAAAGGCACGAAAAGAAGAACAAUUUCAAACGAACUGGAAAAGAGAGUUCAGUAAAGCUUAAAGAUGCAAAAGAAUUGGAUAAAGAAGCUGCUGCUGCUGCUUCUGCUACACGCCAAUCUGUAAGCUCAUCAUUAAUGAUCAUGAAUGCACCUGAUGAACAUUCCACUAAUCUUACUGGUCAUCAUGCAGAUCAAACUAGCCUAAGUAAUAAUGACCAACAACUAAAGCAUCAAAAGAAGAAAGAUCAGGAUGAUUCACUUCAUAACGGCAACAGUGAAGAAAGAACCGCAGUCUCUCCGCCGUCCAAUGCAAGAAAACCACUCGCAUUGACAGAAGAUGAAGCAAAUCUGAAGUUAAUACUGAUAAAAAGCCAACAAUUUCUUCACACAGCAGUAGCACUUUUCAAGCUCGACUUUCCAAUCAGCAUUCUUCAUAUAAACGACUACAGUAUCAAUCAAGCAAAAGACGAGAAGGUUAUAAUAGAUUGUGGAUAUGAAAUAAUACGAAGAAAAGGAAGAAGACAAGAGGAGUUUAUACAUUAUCGAUCUCUAAAGCUAUCGUCAAUCCGAAUAGAUUCUCUAGAUGAAUUGGUGAGACGAUUAAACGUAGAGUUCGGAAAUCUAAAAUCAUAUGGAAGGAUUCGAAUGAAUGAAGAUGAGAGUAUCGAUAAUCCGUUUAAUAUGAUUGAAAAUGACAUACUAGUGAAUAAGGAUCCAGAUAUAAACUGCAUGUGGGAUUCAGGAUGGAAUGACGCCAUUUUUGGUGUUGCUGAGAGAGAAGAAACCAUUAGAGAUGUGGAGAAGCAGGUGCUCAAUUGUCUUCUAGAUGAGAUCGCCAGAGAUCUGUUAUCGCCAUUGAAUGGAUUCUAGAUGAUUGAAUCUCCUCUAUCUUGAAUUUCUCCAUUUGGAUUUGUAAAUUAUUCAAUACUUUGUUUCAUAUUUGGUUCUUAUGAAGAACUAAGAGAUCAUAUAACCGUUGUGAAAAAGUUUGUAGUUGAGUUUAUACAUAUGAAAAUUCUUAAGGGUCAAAUUGUAACAGAAUUAGAAAUAUAAAGGCCAGUUUGUUAAUUCAAUAAUUAUUUUUUUAUUUAUUUUAGUUUAG